CAACAAAAUCGACUCCUUUUAAGAUUUCCAUCUCUAAACAAAGCCAAAUUAGUAAGAACACAUUCAAAUUUUAAUCCUAAAAAUUCUCACUUCCAUACCCUUUAUCUUUUCUCUCCAUUCCUUAUAAUGAACAAACAAAAGAGAAAUAUUUGCUCUGAAACUUUAAAUGUAUUCUCUGAUGAAACUCUUUCUAUCCUUCUCUCUUUUUUUGGAGUAGUAAUCAAUGGAGUAAUGGGUUCAAACCAGCUUCUUCGACCAAGAAAAGUACCGAAGCUCUUUGUGUUCGGAGAUUCUUACGCGGAUACGGGAAACACAAAGCGCGACACAGAGGCUUGGGCUAUCCCUUACGGUAUCACUUUCCCCGGUAAACCUUCCGGCCGUUAUUGUGAUGGUCUCAUAGCCACCGAUUUUCUAGAAAAAGUAUUGGGGGCAGAAUCACCGUACCUCUAUAGAACUCACGGACGAGAUAAAGGGCUAAAAAGAGGAAUGAAUUUUGCGUUUGGGGGGUCCAAAAUGUUGGACUCCUCUCCGAAUAGUCCAUUCCCCAAUAUAACUGCUCAAGUGAAUUUUUUGGUAGACCUUGUCCUCGCCGGCCGUGUCUACGGAGACAUUACUCCCUCCGAUGUUUCUCUCAUCAGCUACGCUGGAGGCGACUAUAUUUAUUACAUCGACCAAAAUCGUCCUGCCGCUGGCUUAAAAGCACUAGUAGAGAAAGUCGUGGAUAAUUUACGCGUUAAUAUGAUAGUAUUGGGUGGCCUGCUAUUUAAGAAGAUAGCAGUAACAUCGCUGCAGCCGAUCGGAUGCCUUCCUUCUUACACCUCUGCAUCCUCGUUCAAGAGUUGCAACGAGUCACAAAGUGCAUUGGUGGAACUACACAACAAAUUGUUGAAAAAAGUGGUGGCCAAGCUCAACGAACAGUCCAGGGUUAUGAAGAAGGAGCAGCAUUUCUUUAUCAUUGAUAUACACAACGCCUUCAUGACCGUUAUGAAGAACAAAGGGAGCAAAAGAUUUAAAAACCCGAUGAAGUCGUGUUGUGAAGGCUAUUGUGGGCGUUCAAGUGACGGUGGGAAGUUGUAUACGUUAUGUGAUGAUCCAAAGUCUUUUUUCUUUUGGGAUGCAGUUCACCCUACUCAAGAAGGAUGGAGAUCGAUUUACUCGGUAUUAGGGAACCCUUUAACCGACUUUUUGACCAAACCGUAAAACCAGAAUCUUUUUUCUUUUGGUUUCAAAUGCUUGAAGCAAUUUUUUUUUUAAAUAAGUUAAUUGGGUUCAUAAAUUGGCUUACUUCUUUAAACACGUUUGAAGAACUUUAAAAUAAUGAGAGGAUGGUAAUAGGUGUCAACUUGAAAAUAAUGAAAAUUGGUAAAUAACGAGAAUGUUUUAAACAUUCAUUAGGGCGGCUGGACAUCUGUAACUCACGUGUGUCAUCGUGUUAAAUACAAGGUAUAUCCAUUUUUCAGGGAGUUUUGCGUGGAAUUUUUGAAAACCUAGUAUUUAAUUACUAAUUUAAAUAGUAGUACUAUAUGU